CAAAUGACAGGUGACAGGUGACAGGUGAUAGGAGACAGGCAAGGGCGAGGGCGAGGGCGAGGGCGGGAUGCUGCGCAGUUCCGCGUACUGAGACAUCGCGACCACACUUAGGCAGGCGUUACAUCUGAGUGGUUCGAGCCAUGUUGCGGUUUAGGUUUUAUUCAUUUUGUAUAAUUUUGUGUGUGGUUACAAUAUGCCCUAGUUCAGGGUCCGACGAAUAUCAUAAUGUUGGAAAGAACAAGCGACUUGAGGAGAAGGGUCCACGGGCCGCGGCCGAGGGGCCGGAGCGCACGGCGCAGUACUGGACGUCGGAGGCGCAGGAGGGGCUUCGGGUGCGCCGAGCGCGGCUGGCCGGUGCAGGCGGGGCGGGCAGCGGGCGGGCGCGCAACGUCGUCAUGUUCCUCGGCGAUGGCAUGUCGUUGGCGACGCUAGCGGCGGCGCGCACACUGCUCGGCCAGCGUGAAGGGCGCACAGGAGAGGAGUCCCAGCUCUCUUUUGAACAAUUUCCCACCGUAGGUCUCGCUAAGACGUACUGCGUGGACGCGCAAGUGGCGGAUUCCGCGUGCUCGGCGACGGCGUACCUGUGCGGCGUCAAGGCCAACCUGGGCACGCUGGGUCUGACGGGCGCUGCACCGCGCGGAGUGUGCGACGUCGCCCCGCCUGCGCACCGCUUGAGCUCCAUCGCCGCCUGGGCACUCAGCGACGGCAGGGACGCCGGCAUAGUUACGACGACGAGGGUGACGCACGCGUCGCCGGCGGGCGCGUACGCCCACAGCGCCGACCGCGACUGGGAGAGCGACGCCGACGUGAGCGCCGACUGCGAGAGGGCGAGCACGCGCGGCGCGAGAGGUGGCGAUUUGCAGCGGGACAUCGCGCACCAGCUCGUGCACUCCUACCCUGGCAACCGUUUCAAGGUUAUUCUGGGCGGAGGGAGGCGGGAGUUCCUGCCCGCCACGUUCACCGACGAGGAGGGUGCCCCCGGGCGGCGGCUCGAUGGCGAGGACCUGAUAGAGCAGUGGCGACAGGACAAGGUGUCUCGCAACGUAAGCCACCGCUACGUGUGGCAGCGCUCGCAGCUGAUGGAGGCCGCCGCCGCGCCUCCCGACUACCUGCUCGGCCUGUUCGAGAGCAGCCACAUGCAGUACAACAUGCUCGCCAACAAGACCACGGAACCCACGCUCGCCGAGCUCACGGAGGUCGCCAUCAAAUCUCUCAGUAGAAACGAGAAAGGAUUUUUCCUCUUCGUGGAGGGCGGGCGCAUUGACCACGCGCACCACGACAACUUGGUGCAGCUGGCGUUGGACGAGACGCUGCAGCUGAGCGCGGCUGUGGCGCGCGCCGCCGAACUGCUGCCCGAGGAGGACUCGCUGCUCGUUGUGACGGCGGAUCACGCACACGUCAUGACAUACAACGGGUACACGCGCCGUGGCGGCGAUGUGCUCGGGCUCUCGGAUGAUCUGGGCGACGACGGUUUGCCUUACAUGACGCUGUCGUAUGCCAAUGGCCCCGGCUACCGCGCGCCGGUAGACGACGGCGGCCGCAAGGACGUUACGCAGGAUGACUAUCACUCGGCGGAAUUUGUGGCGCCGGCCGGCGUACCGCUCGCGUCGGAGACGCAUGGAGGCGAGGACGUGGCGGUGUUCGCGCGCGGGCCGCAGCACGCCAUGUUCGCGGGGCUGUAUGAACAGAGCCAGCUGCCGCACCUGAUGGCCUACGCCGCCUGCAUCGGCCCCGGCCUGCACGCCUGCGACUGAACCUCACCGCGAUCCGAAGCACUAUUUGCAAUAAACCUUACGUUAACG